UCCACUUUUAUUCAUUUCUGUGUAUGGACAAGGAGGGCUAACAUGGACUCUUUGGGUCUUUUUAUCCUUCUAUUGCUUCUGUGUUUCCAGUGGACAGCUGCCCCUGCUGCUGAGGAAGUUACCUGGACCUACACCGGCUUGGUGGGUCAGUCUGAGUGGUCGCAGUAUUUCCCUAACUGCGGUGGUAAUUCUCAGUCCCCUGUUGAUGUGGUAACCACGCAGACUAAAUAUGACCCCAGUCUGAUCCCACUGACCCCGGUGGGCUACAGUCAGCAUGGCAACAGGCCCUUCACUCUCUAUAAUAACGGACACACAGCGGUGAUCGAGCUGCCAGACUGGAUGGGACUAGCAGGGUUUCCCUGGCUCUUUACAGCUGUGCAAAUGCACCUCCACUGGGGCAGCGGCGGCCCGAGUCACGGGGGCAGUGAACACACCAUCAACGGACUGAGUGCAGAUGCAGAGCUGCAUGUGGUGCACUACAACUCUGAGCUCUACGCAAACAUGUCCACAGCCAUGACACAGAAGGACGGCUUGGCUGUUUUAGGGAUUCUCAUUGUGACAGGUGAGGAGACCAACCCGGCAUUCAACAACAUCCUCAACUAUCUGAGCCGCAUCAGACAUGCUGAUCAGAAGGUGUUCAUCCCAGGCUUUGACAUCCAGUCUCUGCUUCCUAAUGAUCUGGGACGCUACUAUCGCUACAAUGGCUCCCUAACAACGCCACCCUGCUACCAGAGUGUGAUCUGGACGCUGUUUCAUGAGAGGGUUCAGAUCUCAAAGGCACAGCUGCUGAAGAUGGAGACGAUACUUUACUCUAGUAAAGCUGAAGAGCCAGACAGGAUGCUGCUGCAAGACAACUACCGCUCAACGCAGCCGCUCAACCACAGGGUCGUCUUCGCCUCCUUCUCUGCAGAAUCAUGGAAGGAGCUCUCUUCUGGUGAAGUCACAGCUAUAGUAAUAGGAGUGAUGUGUGGCUGCGUAGGUCUGGCAGUGAUCAUUCGCUUCAUUGUGAAGACGAUACGGUUUUUUAGAGUCCUCCACCAUGAAACAGUCGUGGUAAACAGCUCUACCUCUAGCUGGGACGUCCUACCCAGUAACCGGCCUGCUCCCAUGCCAAGGAUUAAGGAGCCCGAAAAGGCAAAAGAGAAAAAACAAGAGGUGGCUCUGAACAUGACCCCUGAGGGAGAAAAGAAAGAAGAACCUUCACAGUCUCCUCAAACUGAACCUUAGCCGGUCCACACACUCGCAAACACAGUUACAAAAAGGCAAAACAUUUUUUUAUAGUGAACUAUAGGACACAGGACAAAUCACCUGCUGCCCCGAUCACUUAACUGUAUCCUUUUCACCCAAGUUCAGUGAUGUCUGUGCAGUGUUGGUGUCAGACAGUUUUUCAUUUUGCACGUGAAGCACUUGAUUUAAAUGUGUCAGUUUGAUGGCCCUGUUUGCUCUCAUGAUGCUUGAGAUGCACGAUUGGUUCAUGUAAAUACUUUGUAUGAUAUAUUUCGUUGUUGGUAUUUCAUCUUGUUCAUCCUGCCUUGAAACCCAAGCACACUGCACUGUAUGAAAUGUCAUAGACUCAGAGAAUAUAAUAUUGUUAUUUCAUUUUGCCCAAGGAGUUCAACAGUUUUGGUAUUAAAACACACAGAGGUCCUAUCAAAUGAUAAAAGAUCUGUGAUGAAGGUUUAAAGGGAUCUUUAAAAGUGUUUAGCACAAACAUUAAGGCUCUGAACUCAGUUUAGCACAUCAUGUUGUAAAUGGAUGAGUUAUAUUUAUGUACAUGUGUUCAUUCUAUUAAAAUGAGUUUUGGUGCCAUAUAUCAUCUUUGUCUGGUUGACUUCUUUCUGCAUAUAACUCAACAUGGGAACAGUACAGGAAAAUAGUUUUAUUUGACAGCAGUAGCAGUAAGGAUUGUUUGUUUGACAGUAGAAUUAGUUUCUGAGUGUGAUGUUGACUAUGUAUGUCAAGAUGCUGCCAUGUCAAGGCGUGUUUGCGCCUUUUUUGCAAAUAUUGUCACACAUAAUAUAUAAGUGGUGGACGGAAGGAAGUGGAAGUAUAACGGCAGAGAAUAGAUCUCACAGCUGAAGCUUUGAAGCCGCUGCCAAAACAAGGCUACUGCUGAGUAAUGGUUCCUGUCAGAGUUUUUUUCAUUUCUGCUGCCUGGUGGUUCCUGUUGGUUCAUCAAACAUUUGUUCAGAAAAACAACGCUCCCUGCCAGCCUUCCUCCUGGAAAAAUGGCUACAAAACCUUUGUCAGCCGACACAUUCGCCCUGACAUUCCCAGUUCCCUGGACCAGAAUGUGUGGGACGACUAUAUCAAGAGGAAGAAUGACUGUGCCAGACCCACUCAGUCCUUCCUCCAGCGAGAAGACUUGGACAAGGUGAAGGGUGUGUGCACAAGUGAAGGGGGGGUGAUUUACAAGGAGAACCUCUGCAUUAGCCGCCAGUCUUUCACUUUUGUCACGGUGAGGAUUGAUACGACGACGUGCAGCAUCAAGAGCAUCCGAAAUGAAAACAAACAUCUGAUCCUGGCCUGUGACAAGUUGGACAAUCAGUGCCUGCCAGUCCAUUUUGAGGGAAACCUUCAUAAUUUGAAGCCAAAUAACAAUGCCAAUCCCUGCCAGGCCUAAGCCAUAAAGCUCUUGCUCCCAGUUUUAAAAUGACAUGGCUCUGGUUGUUACCUUGUCUUUUUUCUCCUUCCUAUUGCUUAUUAACUUUUUUAAUUUGAUAAACUUGAUGAUUUUUGGAGUCUUCUCCUGAAAACUUUUGAAGUCUUGAAAUGUAAAACAGUAUUGAUCAUAUAUUAAUCAUAUCUUGGAAGAAUUGUAUCUUUUUUUUUGUACCUUCCUGCUAUUAAUAUUAUUAUACUUGUGCCUGUGUAUUUGUGAGUUUUCUUGUGUGCAUGCACCUCAGAGAUGAUGAGAGGAUUGGUGCUACAACAGCAUUUUAUUUCAGGUGAUUUGAUGUGAAUUGAAUUUCAAGUAAUUAUCUGUGUUGUAUGUAUUUCAUAUUAAAACUUUAUCAAUGUAA